ACACGACAUGUCGGUUUUUCCUUUCCCUACGAGCCUAGCGGUUAGGAGCCAGCAUUCCUAAAAAGCUACCCGUUCAUUUAUAGUUCCCACAAAUUUUCUGAGAAAUAAAAGCUGAAUGCCAAUUCCUUUCGUCCAUUUGUAGCAUGAUUUUUGCCUCUUGGAAAUAGAGAAGCUCAAGAGCCUGCAAUCUCACCCAUAUGCGUAUUCAUUUAUCAUUAUGUGUUGUGGGUUAUCACGGCUUAAUAAAUAUACACCUCUCUUGCAUUUUCUCGGUGUAAACAAUUGUGAAGAACUGCUUCCCGGCUUCAAUAUCGUCCAUGGCUUCUCAAUGUCACCCAUGCAAGGCUAUCCAUUUCUUCAAGAUCAUUCUCGAAUAUUCUCUUCAAGAAGGAAAGCUUAAAGUGCCAGACAAUUUUAUACAAAAAUAUGGAGGUGGCAUGAAAAAUCCCGUUUGUCUGAGGCCUCCAGAUGGAACUCAAUGGGAAAUACAUUGGGCAAAAUAUGAAAAUGGUGAGGUUUGGUUUGAGAAGGGUUGGCAUGAAGUUGUCAGAUACUACUCUUUAGAUCACGGCCAUUUGGUGGUGUUCAAAUAUGAGGGAACUGGAACUUGUUACUUUAAUGUGAACAUUUUUGACAAGAGUGCAUUAGAAAUAGACUACCCUCUUCGUAGAAACAUCCAACAAAUUAAUGAUGAUUCUGAUUCAGUUGAAAUCUUGCAUGAGAAGCCUCCUCUGCCUAAAGUAAUGAGCCGAAAACCGCCAUUAUCAUCUUCUAUUCGCCCUUGCAAGAAAAUUAGAGCUGAAGAAGCUGAAAGGACGUCUAAUCAGAAAAAAAUGCACUCAGAUGGGAAUAAGCUAUUGUCCAUGAAAGCAGAACCGAAUCUUAUCAAGCUUGAAUCAGAAGAAACCGCGGGUAGGAGCAAUUUUUCCACUAAAAAAAGUCCAAAAUCCUUGGCUAUUAAAAAACAAAAGGAGAAACCACUGACUUGGGAUGAGAAGGACAGAGCUUUACAGAGAGUCAACACUUUCACGGCCAAAAAUCCCUAUUUCAAAAUUGUCAUGCAACCAGCAUAUGUCAAGAGCUCUUUGAAUGUACCGGCAAAUUUUGUGAAUCAGUAUUUGAAGCAGAAGAAAGAAGGAGCAGUUCUUCUGCGGGUUUCAGAUGGUAGAACUUGGCGUGUGAAGUGCAAUAGGGAAGAAGGAAAGCAGUACAAGUUCCGCCUCAAUAGAGGGUGGCCCUGUUUUGCAAAAGACAAUAACUUAGAAGUGGGUGAUGUGUGUGUUUUUGAACUCACGAACACCAUUAACAUCUCCUUCCUAGUUCAUGUUUUUGGAAAUUCUGGGAAUCCAUAUGACUGAAAAUACCAAGGUAUGACAACGUUCUUCCCCUAUGAGAUUCUGUUCUAAUGAUUCUGGCUAGUACACAUGUAACGUCAUGCAGAUUGUAACAUGUUACUUCCUCAAGCUACAUACUGAGGAGGAGGGAGAUUCUGGUCUGACGAUACAACUGGGGAAGGACAAGACUAUGGCCUGUGAAGUUUCAUUUGUCAGCUUUAUGUGAACAAUUUACAUGGCAAGUUCUCUGCAAGUAAAGACAAUGAACUUGCUUUUUGUUUGUAUAGGUUAUUUCAUGGCGAGUUCUGUGCAAGUAAACUUUUGUUGAUGAUGAUUGUGAAACUGAGGACCUGGAUCAUAUUUUAGAAAAUGUUCACUAGCUCAAUCCAUUUAGCAGCUUAUUCUCCCUAA